GUCUAGUGUCACUUUUAUUUUCAUCUGUCAGUAGUCACUUUCAUUAUAUAAAAAAUGUAUUAAUUUAAAAUAUCUAUUCCUAUAAAUGAUUGAAAUUAAUUUAAUUCAUUAUUGAUAAGGAGCGGACAAAAUGUCCACUAGUAAGGAUAAUGAAAAAGACACAAAAUUCAACGUAUUUUAUACAGAGGUAAAAGAAAUAGAAAAAAGAGACUCAGUCCUAACAUCGAAACAACAAAUUGAAAGAUUACUUAGGCCAGGAUCAACAUACAGAAAUCUCAACCCAUUCGAUGUGUUACAAGUUGAACCAGAAACUACCCUUGAAGAGAUAAAGAGGAAAUACAGAAGGUUGUCCAUUUUAGUCCAUCCAGAUAAGAACCAAGAUGAUCCAGACAGAGCUCAACAGGCCUUUGAGGCAGUCAAUAAAGCGUGGAAGACGCUGGAAAAUGAAGAAACGAGGAAGAAAUGUAUGGAUAUUAUUGAAGAAGCUGUAGGAAGAACAGAUUUAAUGCUGACGGAGAAGAGAAAAAAGGCCAAAAAAGAGGGGAAAGACUCCAUCCCUGAAGAUGACCCCGGUCAAUAUAAACAUGCUGUUUAUGUCUUGACAAUGAAACUGUUUGCAGAUAUGGAGCGAAAGAGGCGUGACCUAACCGAAAGGGACCAAGAGGAGAGGAAGAGGAAACGCGAAACGGAAAUCGAAGAGGAGGAGAAGGCCAAAGCGCAGAAGGAGUGGCAGAAAAAUUUCGAGGAAUCGCGACAAAAUAGGGUAAAUAGUUGGCAAAACUUUCAAGCGAACACAAAAUCGAAAGAAAAAGCAAAUAAGAAAAUUAAAACGUUUAGACCGCCGAAAAACAAACCUGAAUCUAGAUAAGAACGUUUUUAAUGUGAGAUACAAAUUUUAUUACUUCUGUAGUAUAUAUAACCAUAGUUUAGUUUGUAAGAAAUGUAUUUUUAUUUGUAAUUUUAAGUUUUUUUUUAUCAUUUAACGAAGAAUGCCGGAUUCUUUGAUAAUUGUUUACACACAAAGUCUACCUUCUAGUACCUAUUUAAUUAUUUAAAUAAUUUUUGUUAAAUUAAAUGUGUUCUCUUUUCAAAUGAUAUUUGAUUUCAGGUUUGAGUAAAUUUUGAUUGGACGAAUGGAUCAGUAUAGUGUGAC